AUGAGCACUCAAGAGGGAAGAAAAGACCAAAUACUGAAGGGAUUCAAAUUGUAUCCUUUUUAUGACUGAGAGAUUAUGUAUGCAAGUUUAGAUGUAAGUUUUUAGAUUGGCUAUAAGCUUAUCACAUCCUCUUCAACCUUAAUGUAAAUUUGUUGUUAAUAUGAUAUAAAUUUACUUGAUCAAGUUGACUUCAGCCGCGUCGGAGGAUUAAUGCGGUCGGUUGGUGAUAAUUUGAGCGUUUGGGAAGUAAAGUUCGAACUUGCAUAUGUUUUGAACUGGCACCCAAGAACUUUCUGCAAGCGUACCGAGGUUGUUUAUGUGCCAGUAAUUUACUGUCUCUUAUUCUAUUCCAGUAUUGUAACAAGAGUUGUAAGAAUAUUACUAUUUUUACUGUAUAUAUGUAACUUUUUUGCAAUUACAUUAAGCUUUAAUCCAACUAAGAACUAAAACAAUUUCAUCUUACUCUGUCGAGUGCUUAGCUAUUUUCCAUGUUGUUGCGUUUGUAAGUUAUAUGCAACGGUGAAAAUUCAGCGAUCGAUUAGAUUACUAAGACAGACUUAUCACGGCCGAACAGGAUUUUUUGUGUGUCUUUUUAUAUUGAAAUCAAGUAAGUGAGAUUAAUUGAUUUUGUACAGUUCGGACGCAAUACCAGGUGAAUCUAGUUAUUUAUUUACUUUCAGUAGUUGUUUAGACAAGACUUAAUAAAAUUUUAACUUUUUUCAGCCUCAUUAGAAAUGAAUUAUCCCUGAAUGAAAAGAAGUAAGAAAAAUUGAUUAUGGCAAUUUUUUAAUCUUGGUUGGACCAAGUAGAUAAGACUUGAUUAUUGCUUGUGUUUCUUGAGUGAUAGAAUCCACCCGGUCCGAUAUCUUAUGCAAACUAAGUUUUGUCAAGCUGUCUGAGUUUCAAAGCUCUAGUCAGGAAUCUCCUUAAUAAAGGCUUACAAGCAUGUAUUCAUGUAUUUGUUAUGUAAAAAAGUAAGGUAUCAUGGUGCAAAGAAAGUCAGUUUUACAGCUUGCCAUUUGGGCAAGUUGUUGCUAGUGUGCACUAGCCCAAGAGUCAUUUUAACUAGGCCAAAAAAUUUUGUGAUAAGUAGCAUUGAUUACAGUUCUUCUGUAAUUUCAAUUUCUCAAAAAACUUCACUCGCCCUUUUGGCAAGAACAGAAUUUACCAGCCUGAUUGCAAAAUCCAUUAGCCCCAGGCUAACAGACACGACUUUCUUUGCACACUGGGUAUCAAAUUCCAUCUCGUGAUUAAUGGCAGCAAGUUAUCAAUGUUAUGGGGGCGUGAUAUGGGUUUAUACUUCCUUAUUCUUGUGUUGUUUUUUUUGGAUAACUGGGUAAGUGAUCACUGAUUGGCUCAGAGAACAAUACUGUGUUCUCUUGCCUCAAGGGAAUAAUAACUAUUAUUAGUUUGAAAUGAUUCCAAUAAUAAGUCUGUAGUGCCAUUGGUUUGUAAACUGAUGCAGAAUGACAGCUACAUAACUGGUUUUUUUUUAAGUUUUGGAGAUAAAACAGCUUUCAUUUACAGUAAGAUUAAGCAUUCAAUGGUUUAAUCCUUUACAAUAAUGCAGAAACUGGAUGAAUCUUCGUGAUGCGGAUAAUGGAAAAGUACUGUGGCAAGGAAGUGAUGACUUGUAAGAUUGCUUACUGUAAAACUAACAAUUUCAUGAACACUGGAAUUAUAGGCAAAUUAUGAUGGUGUCAUGACCAGUCACAUUAGAGAUCUAAGACACAUCAAAAUUUGAACAACUUAUAAUGCUUGCAAUUUAGUUAUCUCACACCUGAUAUGCUUUUUCACUGUUACAAACACAUUUCAUUUUUAUGGUAGUUUCUCGGUGGUGCAAACGGGUGCAAUCACUAAAUGACAUGAUAUGAAAGAUUGAAAAGACAGUGGAAAAUACCAGCAAACACGAAAGCGAACCAACAUACUUUUUGCAACACUAAAAAAUACCCAGUUUUAUCUUCAGUUAUUUUUGUUAUCUCUGCAUCCUGCAUCCCUGACGUAUAAAAAUCCUUAAAGAUGCAAAAUAAUUCAUGGCAUGCGUCCUGUAGGACGUAAAGAUCGAUUGAUCGGUCUGAACAUGUGUAUUUGUAGAAAUAUCAGGCCCGUUUGUGUAAUUUCUGAGGCAGUUAUUAUGGCUGUUGUUUAAUGAUGCAUGUUUUGUUUAGUCUUUGUUUUGCUUUUAAAUAGAAGGACUAUAUUAUAAUUUCAGUAUACUGUAAUACAAAGUUUUCAGAUUAACUGUCUGGUUACAUAAAGGCCCAAGCAUUUUCAAUUUCGGGCUCUUUUUUUUUUAACUGGGACUUCUUGGUUCUGGACUGGGACUCAUGAUUUUUAACAAGAUGAGUCCCAGGACUCACCAUAACUAUUUGUAACAAAAUCACUGUAUCUUCGAUGUUCAUGGUUUGCCUAGUAUGGUAGUAACUGACCGAAUAGACCCUUUCACAUUGUUUUUUUCAACUUUGAAUAAAGAGCAGUAAGCAAAUGUUCAUCUGGUCCCAGUUGUUAAAAAGGUAGAUCAUGCUAUCCACGAGAUAAAUCUCUAUCCACUGGAUAGUGUUUUAUCCAGUGGAUAGUGCUAUCCAACGUUUUAGCAACCCAGGCCAGCUCUAUUGUAUUGGGUAACUUACCAAGUUUAAAGCUGAUACUUCCAAAGAGAGAAAGAUUCUGAUCCACAAAGUUGUAAAAUUUUACAGACAUUUGUAUCGUGGGGGCACGACCUUGUCCCCCAUCGAGCAAACAUCUGUAAAAUUCUGCGACUUUGAAGAGCUAUAUCUUGGUUAGUUUUCAACAACUCACUUUAAAACUUGGCAGUCUUUCCAGCCAUGUUGACAGAUUUUCACUUAGUAACUGGUCCCAAUCAAAAGUCAAAAAAACCAUAAAAGGGUAUAUUAAAUGGGUUAAAUAAAGCAUUAUGCUUCACUGAGCAUCAAAUUCUACUUCCUCAUUUUUUUGAGCUGUGAUGCCACCGGCCCUUGUUCCCCAUUCUUUAUGUUGUCAUUUGUACUUUACCUAUUUACUCCCAGAAAGGGCCAAAGUCAAAAUUUCAGCAAAAUUCCCAAAUUUUAUUUUCUAAAAUGCUGGAAAUGAAUUAGGGCCAUGUGAAAGCACUGCCAAAGAGGUUUCAUUUGAAUGGUCACAUAACAGGAUAACAUCCACAGACUCAAAAGUUCAAACGGCCUUGCAAGUCUCCACUGUUCACUCUGAAACUAAAGGGUUUAAUCUCUCAACUAUCUUGUUUAUUUGUAGGUCUGUCCCUGGGCAAGAACAUGAAGGUAUAAUAUUUUAGCAUUAGGCACUGUGAGACAGAGGUGUUCUUUUGUUUGUCAUGAACAACAAACCUCUAAAUGUUACUAAGAUGACUUCAAUAUUGUAACCUUUGUUUUGAGGGUCGCUUUGUUUCCUCUGGUUUUAAGUGUGUGGUUGAUCUAGUUUUUGCCAAUCUCUAGGCUGCCAUGGCUCACCUUCGUAGUUCCUUUCUUUGAUGUUCUAACUGAUGCCUUUUGCUGUGCUUAUGAAAGGGCCAUGUUUAAAGUGAGAGUUUGUGUUUACCAUGGCGGGAUUAGCUCAGUCGGUAGAGCGUUUGAUUGCAGAGCAGGAGGUCGCGGGUUCAAUUCCCGGGGCCGGACCAUUACUCAGGGUCUUAAAAUGACUGAGAAAUGAAGGUACUUCCUUUGCACUGCAAGCGGCGAGACCUUCGCGUGGCUCAGAUGACCACAUAAAAUGGCGGUCCCGUCUCCAUUAGGAGACGUAAAAAUAGUGUCCCCAAUUAGCACUUUCGUGCUAAAUACAUUGACACUCAAAUAAAGUGCAUUUUUUUUUGUUGUUGUUGUUUUCUUUUAUAUUCAUGCCUGUGGGGUUCCUCAUUUAAGCAGUUGCUGUUACUAAUUCAUUUACAGCAAGAGUACCUAAAAAGAUUCUCAAGUGUAAGGCUGUGUCAAGAGAGCUCAACUUCUCCUCCGAACAAGAAAUGACAAAAUUCAGAUUGGAACAAAAAGUGAUGUUCAAAGGAAAGUGUUUAGAAGGUAAGAGAUAGUGUGUGAAAAACAUGUCUAAAUGCAAUUGCCUGUACUCUAAUUAUUUCUUUCUUUCUCUCUUUGGUGUAAGGAUUUUGCUGUUUUAUUGUUAUUCAGCCCCUUGUGGUUAGUUUGUGAACCUAUUGGUGCCUGUACUUAAUAUUACCGUUUUUAUUAAAACAACGGCGCUGAGAAAAUGCUUUAUAGUUUUGUGAUGCUAAAGGUAGGCACCUUGUCAUUUUCAGUGAGGACAAUUUUUUUAAAGAAUAACAGGAACCACUUUCUACAUAACUUGCCCACUGUGUGGAAACUGCUCAAUGAAAUGAAUCUGCUACCGCUUGUGAUGUCAUCGGUUUUAGUGGUCAAGGACAACUUUGCCAACUAACUUGUGAAGAGUGAAGACAUCUUUCAAACCAUACCAGAAUGAGCACAAUUCAGUCAAGGACACCAGAGAAAAAGGCAAAAAACCAUGUAACAUUGACCUGCAAAUUUCCAUAAAAAUGUUGUUCCACCACCUACCUACCUUUCCUUUCAUCUAAUCCUAAGAUCCUAAAAGCUUUCCUAAAAACUUUUCGCACCAAAAUGAAGCCUGCUAAAUGCGCAGCAAGAGAAAAAAAAUGGGGCAAGGAAAGCGAAAAAAGAGGGGAGGAGAGAAAGCAAAAUUAAAAGUCAAGACUGCUUUGUCACUUUUAAACCCAAAAAACUCAAUCUCGAAUUUUUGUUUUCUGUGCAUGCCCAAACUUCGCAAGCUAAUAUGUUGUAUAUGGAUCAGAAGGCUGGGAAGUGUACGACUUGUAAACACCUUUGUAAUAAGUUUUAGCACUUUAUAGCACAACAAUGACAAGAAAACAGCUCGACUAGCUUCAAAACGCAUUUUUCAGCAAAGUCUCCAGGGGCGAAUGGGUUAAUUCACUCCUAGGCUUGACGGCCAAUUGAAUCGAUGUACAGCGCUGAGCUGAAAGUGAUUUGGUCGAUCAGUGACAUCAAUUGGCUGGAAAAGAACCAAUUCCUUGUGGGUUUGCCUUGGUGAAAUGUGAAUUCAAAGUUACACAUUUCAGGGAAAAGCAAGGUUGGAUGGUAAAAAGCCAAACUGAAACACACUUGCAAAAAGCAAAAAUAUCCGAAGACCAAAGACAUAAUAUUAUCAUAAGCUGAAGGCUGUUGUAAAAUCAUCUGUGAAGUGAGACGCCGGCACUGGCAAAUGUUCUUUUAUGUCGAUUUUUGGUGUUCUUGUAGCUACUGGUCCAAAUUGCUUCAUUGUUCUCUGGAAAAUACUUGUACGGUGGAAAUUAAUCUACAAAAGCAUUUCGUGAUCGCCAAAGGGCUGCAAAAAAAAUUUUGUAACCUUGAAAGUGGGUGCAUUUUAAUGUACUCAAGUCUCUUUUCAUGAGUUGCUUUAGAGAGAACUCUCUUGCCCAGCACAGAGCGUUGAACGAACAAUCAGAGGUCCUGUGACAAGGUAUUGGCCUUACCUCGUCUCUCGCCUUUUUGUUAUUUUUAUAUGGGGAUGGAAAACGAACUCAUUACCCAACCCCCAGGCGUCGCAGUUCAUCUGGGCUUUCACCCAAAACCGUCCCAACAUGGCUGAACCCACCAAGGUCCCAACUGGAUAUAGCUUCCAGGGUCAUCAAGGCACACAAACCUCCCCACCAUGUUAACCCUUUAAUCCCUAAGAGUGAUCAGCAUCAAAUUUCUCCUUGUAAUAUGAAUGCUUUGUAGAACAGAGUGGUUAUGAGAAUGAAUUUUCCUGAUAAAAAUUAUUUUAUCAACUUCUCCCCACUACUUCAUUAGGAAAUGAAUAGGAGCAACAAAUGAGAAUUCAGAUUUUGAUCAUAGGGUUUAAAGGGUUAAGGUGCAACAGUUAGGGAGGGACUGUAGUUACUGGACAGCAGAACAAAUGUCUGGAACUGGCCACUUGAAUCAACAAUUUUCUUGUUGAUGGAAAAAAUUAUUGCUGUGAUAGGUUCUCUGUCACUAUUUUUCUACAGUAGAGUUCCAUACACUGUAUUGCAAUUUUAUUCUUUUGUUGAAAUUGUUAUUUUUAUUCAUGUCCAUAGAAUGGUAUUUUGAUUUUGGAUUUGUCAUUCCUUCAUCUACAAACACUUGGCAGUCGCUUAUAGAGGCAGCUCCUGAAUCACAAAUGAUGCCAGCAAACGUUUUAAAGUGAGUAAUCUUGUGUAUGUUGGGAAUCUGAAAAGACCAUUUUACAGCUCCUUGCAGUGAAUGUGAGGUUGAGUUUGACAACGAUGAGAUUUACUUUCUCAAUUUGAACUUAGCUACUUUCCCCUACAGUAUUCAACAUCCAGAAAAUGUGGAUACAUUUUGGCAAAUUGGGCAAGACUAAAUAAACGCAAUUAAGUUUGAAAGAGUGCAAAUUCACUUUUCAAUGGUGAUAUAAUUUCCCUAAUCAUAACUAUAACAAAAUUCUCAAAUCUGAUUGGCUAUCAACUGCCCUGGUUUCAGCCUUGAUAGGACAGUUUAAUUGGACAGUAUGCGCCAUGCCUAAGUAAUUGGAUAGUACGCGCCAUCAUGCGCACGCUUAAUGGCUUUUUUGUUCACUGCUAGCAAAAAUCUUGGAAUGUCUUGUGUUUUGAUUUUAAAAAGAGCUUUAUAUAUCACAAAUUUUGUUAAAGUUAUGAUUAAUUGGUAACAGAACCUCGUGUCGUCCCAUUCGGUCUGUAGUCAUACUCGUGAUUAAACAAAUCGGACUCCCGCUACACGGUUGUCCGAUUUUGUUAAAUCACUUGUAUGAUUACAAACCGAAUUGGACUCCACUCAGUCCUGUUACCAUUACUUAUACCCUGUUGGGCCCAGACUUUUGAUCAAGCAAAUAGGCUAGCAGUCUGUUCCUAAAAAGCUAUAGUAUCAAAAGCAAUUAUUUUAUUUCUUUGUUUCAGUGGCAAUGUGGUAAUUGAAACAAAAUUCUUUGAUGGGGACCUCCUUGUCAGUACGUCAAGAGUGCGAGUUUACUAUGUCUGA